GACGAUGAACACAUGAUGUGCCCUAUACGCAGCGUAUUUACGGGAUCAGUCGCAUGCGGCACGUGCACCGGCGAUUUGUGAAUAGCCUGAAAGUUGUGAAGUGCCGACAGUCACCGCGAACACAAAGGAAAAAUGAGUGUCAGUAAAAAAUUGUUGACACGUAAUGGAAUUCCUUUGAAGAUUCACGUGAUCGUUCCCGAUGUUCGACGGCUCAUGAGCUGCAUGUCCCUUGUCGAGAAUUAUGGAGGAGAACUGUCGACAAUUGAUGUCGAUACCAUUGUCUUGAUAGAAGGUGCCACUUCACGUCUGAAUCGCGAGUGCUUUCAUGUUAAUUGGCUCUAUGACAGUAUUGAAAGGAAUAAACUUCAGGAGAUUGAAAAAUACAAAAUUUCAUCAACAAUCAACGGGGAAAAGACCCCUGAGAUUGAAGUGAUCUCAUCUGAUCACGUAAAAUCAGCCCAACAAUUAGAAAAUCGUCAGGACGGCCCAGUGGCCUUCAGCUGCCAUCGUUGCCAUCACCCAGUCAUUGAAUUAAUGAAAGCAAAUAUUCCCCGAGUUUUCGUUGCCUCAAACGAAUGGAAAGUAUUCCGUUGCUCGUCUUGCAAGGGAUGGUAUUACUUUCAUCCUUCAGACGAUUCCAUCACUGCUGUUGACGAAUCCCUGGCAGCUCCAAUCAGCCAAAACGAUAAUCAAAAAAGUGAACAUUUAAUGGAGUUCAAUUAUUCGGAUGAUUCAGGCAAUUUUGGUCCUCAAGAUUUAGCCCAACUUGACUGGUACAUGUCCAGUCACAUUGACUCUCGAGAUUCGACAGUCACAUCUGAUGCAUCACAAAGUGCAUCUGAUAUCCAAAACACUGGAGUCACUUCAUCAGCCCCAUCACCUAGUGAUAAUACAGCUCAAUCGAAAAAGAAGAGGAAAGCUGUCAUCAAGAGGAAGAAGUCGCGCUCUACUCACAGCAACGAUUAUUCGAAGGAGGAAAAUGAAGCUAUAAUACACUUUCUCAUAAAAAAUGGGGCAAUAUCGAAAGCAAACGGUCGAAAAAUCUGGGAGACUGCAGAAUCUCAAAAACUCCUGACUGAUCCGUACCGUUCUGCUGAUGGCAUGAGGAAUCACUUCGCCGGUAAUCUACGAUUUAAUUUUCGAAAGUACACGAAUGAUGAAGAAGCAAUGAAGGAAUUCGCGGUGAUUAAACAGAAAGCCCUGCAGAAUCGUAUUCUGAAUUAUUCUAGGAGAUUGAUUCAAACGAUUAAUUGUCAUGAGAUGGAAUGAGAGAUGAUUCAUUUCAUUUAUAUGUGAUAAGAAGUGAUAUUUCUAGGGGUCAGUGGGGUAAAAUGGACACUUGAAUUAUUUUCAAUGUUCAUAACUCAGACUCAAAUUUAUCAAUUUAAGUCUACA